GAUUUUUCCGUUGUGUUUUAUGAAACGAAAAUCGUGCACUCACUUAUAGCAGUUGAAUCGGGAGUGUUGUGUUAAACUGACGAGAUCUUUGGUAGUCUUCGAAUUCAAAUCGAGCGUGCGUACUUGACGAAAAUUUGAUUUGAAAAUAAGGUACAUUUUUCGAUUUCCAUGUCGUUUGAAUCCAAGUGUGUAUGCAUUUACAUAGUGGCAACCUUUUAAGCUGAAAUGAUGAAUAAUCAGUACUGGUAUAAUGCGUUCGCUGUGGCAUUCAGUUUGGUUUUUGUAAUCCGGUCAACAACUGAGGCUCGCCCCGAAAACAGUUCUCUUAUGGAUAUGGAUGAGCAUAACACGAAAUCUUGCCAGCCCGAUCGCCUUACGGUUUACCGAGUAACGCUCAACACAUUUUGGAAUCACAAGAAUUUCCCAAAACAUUAUCCACAGUGGCGACCCCCCGCCCAAUGGUCCAAACUUGUAGGUCGUUCACACAACAAAUCGUACAUAUUGUACCGUCUGAAUCACAAGGCCACUAGAGGAUUAAAGUUGUUUGCCGAAGAUGGUCGGAGUGACUACUUGGAUACACAGUCUCAAGGGGAAGGAGGAAUCUACGACGAGUUCAAUGCACCGGCAAUAUUGUCUGGAGAAGGAAAAACAGAAACAGAGUUUUUUGUUGACGGCAACCAUUCAAGAGUAUCUUUGAUUUCUAAACUUGUUCCAUCACCCGAUUGGUUCAUUGGAAUUGACAGUUUAGAUCUUUGUGCUAACGGCAAAUGGCUGAACGGUAUCAGCAUUGAGGUUGAUGUAGUGGACGCUGGCACAGACAAUGGCUUUUCUUUCACUUCUCCAAACUGGGCAAGUGAACCUCAAGAAAACAUUCGUCAUUUGAGUAGUAACUUUCCAAAUCAUCCCGCAUCAGCUUUCUUCUACCCAGGGGUUCGUAAACUUCCAACAAUUGCUGUGUUUCAGUUUUUCAAGAUUAAAGAAUAUGAGCUGAGUAAAGUGUUCAACUACAAUGACGAAAAAAUUUCCCAAGAAACCAAAAAGAUGGAGCAGGUUUCCUCUGUUACUGAAGAUGGAAACACUUCAGAUUUUCAUGACAAUACGACGAAUCUAGCUGUUGCUGUAGUACGGGAUUCGGAAAAUCUUACACGUUAUUCGAUCGAAAAUGAUACAGCAAAGUCAGAAAAAGAGAAAAAUUUCUCCUCGAACAAUACCAAAGAGAUUUUUUGGACAUAUACUACAGAAGGAACCACGGAAAAAAAUGCUGAUGAACUUAACGGACUAGCGUCGUUACCACUUCAUGUUCCUGAUACAACAACUAAGUCCAAGGCGAAACCCGUCAAGGCAACUAAAGCCUUUCUUCGAAACCGUCUACCACGGGACUGUGACGUUGGAGUGUGGUCAGCGUGGUCCCCAUGCUCUAAAACUUGUGAUAUAGGGGUCUCUGAGAGAUACCGAAAAGUAAUAAACCAUGCUAGACGAGGAGGACGACCAUGCCCUUCCUUGGAAGAGAAAAAAUGGUGUGGAUCUGCUCGCUCAUGCAGUCGAAGCUAUUUUAACUGGUCAUAGAGACAAUAGAAGCAGAAUGUGCUGUCAAAAUGA